AUGUUGUUUCUCAGUGCCUUAGCGAUAGGGAUGAUUACUGGCUUGCAGAAUGUUACCACGGAGGUGCCGACGACGGGGAGUGACGUAGAGUCCACCACUGACAUGGGCCUUCUGGAGACUACCAGGCCUUCCGUUGUUAACGACUUCGUGAACGUGACCAUUCAGGAGCGUCCAUCCAUGUGGGAUUUGUAUUUGAACCACUGCCCUAAGUGGCGCCCGAUUAACCAUAUAUUCUUCCAAGCAGCCAAUGUGUUCUAUCUUUUGUCAUUCCUGGCUCCACACACCCCAACGGGACUGAUUUGGCUCCGCGUUGCCUUGAUCCUGGGGUGCGCGUUCUCAGGGUUGUGGGCGUGGAGUAUUGAGUGCUAUUUGGACGCUGUGGUGUGGAACAGUGCUUUUGUAGUUAUAAACUUUGUGUACUUUGCCGUGCAGUUCUACUUGAUGCGGCCUAUACGGUUUCAUAAAGAUAUUGAAGAGGUGUACAUGGCCCUGUUCAAGCCGCUGCGGGUGUCCCGGCGCCAGUUCCGCCGUGUGCUUAUGUGCAUGAGGAACGUGAGGCAUCUAAAGUGCCACGAGCUGUACGCGCACGAGAAGGUCACCAAGGUGGACAGUCUGUCCCUGGUGCUAUCGGGAAAGCUCGUGGUCUCUCAGAAUCAGCGCGCACUCCACAUAGUGUUCCCACACCACUUCCUAGAUUCGCCCGAGUGGUUCGGCGUGUCGACUGAUGAAUAUUUUCAGGUGUCAAUAAUGGCGAUGGAGGAGUCGAGAGUUUUAGUGUGGCACCGCGAUAAACUAAAGCUUUCGAUAAUGUCGGAUGCCUUCCUGCAAGCGGUGUUCGACCACAUCCUAGGUCGGGACGUCGUGCAUAAGUUGAUGCAGGUGAGCGAAACGAUGUCUGUCAGCAACGGCCACCUCCCUAACAAUUACGAAGAGGGGGAGGACAAGCCGAUGCUGGUUGUGAAGAAGGCCGGUGAUGGGCCCGGGAUCACGGCGCUGCUCAACCGACAGCUGCAAGGCGAACACGCGCCGUUGCUGCGUCCGACGCCAUCCCACGCCUGCUGAGCGACGGAAGCCCCCUUUCCCUCCAUUUUUACCCCCCUUUUUACCCCUCAAACAUUCCCAUCAUACCCCACAUUGUUUUUGCUAUGUACCGUUUAUUUCGCUUUAUAUUCACGUGCAAUUAUUUCAAAUCGCAAUAAAAGUUAAACCUCUAUUCGAUCUGUAUAGUAUUAAAAGAAGACUUAAGGUUAAUAGAAAUAACAUACAAUAUGGUAAACAUUAUACAAUAUCUCAUACGUUCCGAUACGUGGGUGCCAAGUUCAAUUUCUGCCUAUUAUGAGCGCCAUCUACUUACAAUUCUGGGAAACAGUAUUGUCGUUAGAUGGCGCUGUUCCGAUACCAUAUAAAUCAAAGAAAUGUUGCAGAUCGUCGCAAUAUUUAAUUAAGCAGCGUUUGUGCGUGAAAUAGUACAGUUUCUAUUCCGACGUUAUGCCACAUUUGUAAAGCUAAGGGUUUUACAAAUGUCUCGAAAUUACCUGAUUGUGUAUCAUUGUAGCGAGAUUGCUAAUUUAAACAUGUGACCUAAGUCUCUGGGAUCGUUAAAUAGAGUUUCAACUUUCAACAGCCACUGGUGAUAGUGUAGGCGCCCGAUGCAAUUUCAAGUUUUUUAUACGGUUUUUAAACGAUACUUUGAAAAUUAACAAAAAAAAAGUACCUUUGACACAAGAUAAAAUGCUUACAGUGCAUAGUGCACAAGUGAGGGUGUUAUCACAACAGUCUAUUAUCGAUCGAUCCUAUUAACUGUAUUAUGCUUUAAAUAUUUUUAUAUACAUUUUAUAAUAUUCAAAGUAAGAUUCGGUUUACAUUACUUUAAAGAAUUCGAUAAAGAGUAUAUCAAUCAUACCCAUAUAUGUAAUCAGAAAACAGCUGGGUUUUCAAAAUGAGUAAUUGCAAUGGCAGCUCCUACGAUAAUCUAUAGUAAUAAACGAUUAUCAUUAUCUUUUAUAUAACACCUUAUUCCGUCCCCUUUUUUCGUAAAUUUUCGAUCACGAAGUAAAACUAUAUACAAACGUAUAUGUAAGUUUUAAAAAUCUCGAAAUGUAUCUGAUAGUUUUUAGCGUAUUUUAAGUGAAUAUAGUUUUUGCUCAAUUUUGCCUCGUGAUCUAUUUAAUUUUCCCUCCCCAUCCACAUAUAUAUGUUUUAUGUGUUACGAAUACUCAUAUUAUGUUACUAAAACACUAAUACGCAAGGUAAUGAAAAUAUGUAAAACUGCUAAAUCUCAGGGGUCAGACUCUAUAAAAAGCGCCAUGCCCCCCUAACGAGGUCAUGACCAGGAACCCGGAAAAUAGUAAAGCGAACUCUUAACGAAAGUUUCCGUGAGUUUUAAGCGGUUUAUCAGUUUUCAUUACGACGAAUCUCACAGAGUAUUGUGUCAUAUUUUUAUAAUACAUUAAUGUUAGUAAAUACCUAUAAUAUCAUUCGCCUACGAUAACGUAUAAUACAUCAGUAUUUUUCUAAUUAAUAAAUAUUAAAUAGGAUUUUUUA